GAUGCUAGGCACUGUCUGUUCGUCAGACUACCAUGAUAUGAAACCACUUAAAAUCAGUACAACCCCAGCUUCAGCAGAAAACCAGAUUUUGUCCGACGUGGCUCACAAAAUAAGAUAUAGACCAAACCAACUCCUCCUCUGACAUCAACAUGCGAGCUGUUGUGCUUCUCCUGCUGGUGACUGUUGCCAGCGCCAAGGUGUUUGAAAGAUGUGAGCUGGCUAGGAAACUGAAGUCUGCCGGAAUGGGUGGCAGCCUCUCUGACUGGGUCUGCUUAGCCAAAUGGGAGUCUGACUACAACACGCAGGCAAUCAACCGUCACAAUACAGACGGCUCCACUGACUAUGGCAUCUUCCAGAUUAACAACAACUAUUGGUGCAAAGACCCCAACUUUAAAUCAAAGGCAAAUGGCUGUGGAAUCUCCUGCUCAGCCCUACUGUCUGAUAAUAUCCAGCCAUCUAUCAGUUGUGCCAAGCGCAUUGCUAGCGAGCAAGGAAUGUCGGCCUGGGUGGCCUGGGUUAAACACUGCCAGGGAGACACACGCAGCUACAUUGCUGGCUGUGGGGUUUAAUGAGUGCCAGUUAGCAUUACUUAUAUGAGCUCAGGUCCAUUAAACUCAAUAAAGUAUACUAUGUGGAAUCACCUCACUUUUGCUUAGCACUGUUUUUUUCUGCUUAUCUUUAAGAAAAAUGUUUAUACAUCAUUCCAUUAUAAGCAUCAUAGCUUCUUUAGGUGAAAUUUUCCCUAAAAUGGACAGGAAAGUUUGUAUGUCUUGAGUGUUUUCGUAAGAGACAUAACAUAAGCAAUCCGUACAUGAAGAUUUCCAAAUGUCAUAAUGAUUGAUUGCUUGAUUAAUUGAUGGACUAAAUGACCAACAAACAACUAAUUGCAGUAUUUCAAUCCAGUCAUACCUUCAUAUUUUCUAUUUUUCUUUCUAUCUCUAUGCUGCUAUAUGCCUAUGCCAUUUAUUCAUUCUAACCAGGCAUGCAUUCCACUUUAAGCUGCAGUGUGGUGCUCUGUAACAAUGUGUUUGUGUUAUAAAAACGGCAUCAUUGAAGUA